AGGUGCGUAGUCAAAGACGAGGAGGCCGGACAAGCCCUGCCGGUUAAUGGGGGCGCCAUCUGUCGCCGCCUCCUCCAGAAAGUUCGAUUUCAAAAGUAACUAGCAUUUUUCGUCCUCUUCGAUCCUCCUCCAUUGUAAAAUUACACAACUCAGAUCGUCGAUUUGAAUCAAGAGAUCAAUGGCAUCUUCCUCAGAUCCUUGGAUCAGAGAAUAUAAUGAAGCAGUGAAACUUGCUGAUGAUAUCAAUGGCAUGAUUUCUGAAAGAAGUUCUCUACCUGCAUCAGGACCAGAAGCACAGCGUCAUGCAUCUUCCAUAAGGAGAAAAAUUACAAUAUUGGGAACUAGACUUGAUAGUUUGCAGUCUCUUCUAUCAAAGCUUCCUAACAAACAGCCUUUAACAGAGAAAGAGAUGAAUCGCCGGAAGGAUAUGCUUGCAAACUUGAGAUCAAAAGUAAACCAGAUGGCCUCCACAUUGAACAUGUCAAAUUUUGCAAACAGGGACAACUUGCUUGGCCCAGAAAUUAAACCGGCUGAUGCCAUGAGCAGGGUAAGUGGCCUGGAUAACUAUGGCAUAGUUGGCCUUCAAAGACAAGUAAUGAAAGAACAAGAUGAGGGCCUUGAGAGAUUGGAGGAGACAGUGAUAAGUACAAAACAUAUUGCUUUGGCUGUCAAUGAGGAACUUGACCUACACUCUAGACUAAUUGAUAAUCUGGACCAACAUGUGGAGGUUUCAGACUCCCGCUUACAGAUGGAAUUGCAAAUUGAAAAUAUCCUGCUGGGAAAAUGUUGAAAAUUUCUGCAUUGGAAGGAGAUACCAGUAGGAACAUUUUGGAGAGAAACAACUAUCUUCAGUGAAAAAAUUUGAAGAAAAUUUGUAUUCUUAAAGUAAUGAGCUGAAUUUGUAGAUUUGUAAAUUAAAUUGAAAUAUGCAAUAUUUGUCAUAUCUGUCUAUAGUUUUGUGAAGCAUAGAGUGACAUGGAAAAUGCUUUUAGGAGACAACCCCAGUGGCUUUGGCUACAUUCCCUCAACAAAGAAAUUCAAGUUUUCAUCUUAGUAGGGGAUGGUUUGGAUGUAAUUAGAGUAUGCAUAUGCUCUACUUGAUCGCUAGGAAAUGAAGGGGACAAAAACAUAUUGGUUAUUGUGAUUAAAUUUCCGAACUCUCUUUUUCAUCUCAUAUGUGCCAUAAUAUGCAUCAUAACUUUGCUAAUCACUUUAUACGGAGUGCAAUUAAAAGGCUAACCUAAUCUUUUAUAGAUGAUGGUUAAGGUUUUAUUGAUAAAAAUAUUAAGUUAUGUUGUGUAAAAUCAUAAAAUAACUGCUUGGUUGCAGAAUUUGGUUCAGAUAAUAAAAAGUCAACAAUUGAUGAAGCUUGCGCAUGAAGUGUGCUAAAAUCAUGUGUCGACUAUGGUUGAAUGUCCUCCCUGAAUGGGCAUGUUCUCUAAGAUACCUCUGGUCACCAGAGUGAAGGCUUUCUGACGCAAAUGAGUAGAAAGAUUGAAGCAAUAUGAAGGAUGAAGAGAGAGGAGCUGGAGAUUUUGGUAUGGUUAUUCUGCAUGACCUAUUUGUUUGAGGUCACCAGAGUAUGUGUCAAUCAUGCUACCUAAGGAGGAUGCUAAUUCUCAAAAGUCAGGUGGUAUUAUGGGGUUGGUUUCACCAAUAAGAGGACAGUAACUCGGCUGUCCUGUCCCAAUUUUCUUUAUACUAAUUUAGUCCAAAGCCCCUGAAGUGCAGGCACAAUUCCCUUUAGGAAUCUCUAGCUUUAACCACCAAACUUCAAGAGCCCAAAUAUCCUCCAGCUGAAGUAUUUUUGUACUCUUCCCUCGAGGACUCCAAAGUGCUGGAGGAUAAGAAGCCUCAGUCUAGCAUCUACUUGACUGGGAAGGGCACCAAGAAACUUGGGGUGCCUUAAUGGGGGAUAAUUGAGGCACUUGAAUGCCCUGGGGAAGGAAUUGAGCAAGACCUUGGAGCUGCAAAAAGGGUUCGAGACACUUCUGUGAAAGAGGAAAGUGGUAGAGGCACCUUAGUGCUACAGGUAAAGCUUGAGGAGCAGGUGCUGCGGGCAAAGCCUGAGGAGUAGGUUUUAGUCAUUUGGGAUUACCGCCUUUGCGCCGUCCCCUGCCGCUCGUGCUUUCGAUUUUGUCAUAGGAGGUAAAUCGCAGACAGGUCUUUGGCCCUUGUUUAGGCCAAGUAUCGAACUCAUGAUCUAUUGGUACUAACCACAACGUAUUAGUUGCCCGCCACUUGACCUAUGCUUUGGGGGCAGCAGGUUUUAUUCACUUGAUGGUUAGAUUGGUUGCUCUGCAACGUGCAAAUAUAGAGCCAUUCAUUGGAACACCUUUAAGUAAUUCAUGUAGUUGAUAUUAUUUCCUCAAAGAAAAGUUGCUAACUCAGAUGCCUUUUUGCAACCUAUAGUGAAUGGGAUCAAUCUAUAGUGAAAAGUUGCUAACUCACUUGCCUUGUUGCAACCUAUAGUGUACUUGUUUUAGGAGUCAUUCACAUCUUGAUUAUUAUUAUUAUUAUGAUUAUUAUUAUGAUUAUUAUUAUUAUUGUUCAGUUCAGCUAAUUUAGAUGACUGAU